AUGUCUUUGUUCAUACCAUCCGCAGAUGGCAGGCUUGAUGAAAACCUAAAAGCAAUCCUUAAGGCUAUGCAAGAGGUUAAGGACACAUUCGAACAGAAAUCCAUUGUUUCCGAUGUGGACAGAUGUGCACUGCAAAACAGGUCGUGCAAUAUAACUGACUAUGAAAAGACUGUCCUCGACAUUAAGAAAUGGGUAGAGCCUAUGUUAUCAAACAUUACUUACAAGGAAUCGUUUCAAGCUGAAGUUAAAAACACUAUUAAUGCCAAUUACAAUUUUUCAUCUGCUCCCCCGGGCACAAUAUAUUUGAGCGACUUCCUAGUGGAUAUUGCGGCUAUUAGCAACCUUACUGAAGCGGAAUUUUACAGCACCACUAUGGAGGCUAUUACAGCCUAUGCUCCCCCAGUUCGCAACAGUGUGUCAAUCAAAUUUCUGCAAAAUGUUGAUUCAACGAUCGCGACAAUUUGUUCGAGUAUGCUUCAGCAAAAGCAAACCGGAAUCACUUUUAUCUACGAUGACAGUAAUAAACUGGUCUUCCUCAUUCGACUAUUAAAGAAUGUCUACUUCAGCAUGAUACACCUGCCUGGAGGAUGGAUGACCAAUAACACUAUAAAAGAGCUUUUAAUCCAGCAAUUUCAAAACACCGGCGAUUCACAAACAUAUAUCCUUCUCUUCCAAAAUGAACACAGUAAUUCAUACGUAAAUGGAUUCCUUGAACUGGAGGAUAGCUGUUCUGUCUACGAGCGCUAUCUAAGAACCGGAGCUUCCCUUUUAACUUUUGGCUUGAGCACAACGUAUGCACCGAAAAUACCCUCUCCUUUCUUUGACCUGGCUUGGCGAGCUUCAGCAACCUAUCUUGAUGGUCUAACGUACAUUACGGAGAAUGCAACCCAAGUGAUAGGUAGCUGGGUAUUGAAUCGAGAGCCACAACUGAUAGUGGAUAGCAUAAAUUCAACCUUAACUGGACGCACUAUCAAAGUCGGGGUCGUUAAGUAUGCUCCGUUCUAUGAUAAAGGCAUCGGGUUUUCAGUUCCGGUAAUGGAUGCUCUCGCAUUCUUGGCAAAAGUCAAUUAUGAAGUGGUCCUCUUCACGCCGAAACCAGAUGAGCCUUACUACGUGGAAAUGCUCAAAGCAAUUGAAAACCAUGUAAUCAACGUAGGCUUUGCUCCGGUUCCACUAUCCGCAGUGAAUACGGAGAAGAUUUCGAGCUCAUCAGCAACCUUGACUAUCUCUUUCACACUGGUACGUCAACGUCCUUCCCGACCUGCGGACUUCCUUCUUUUGCUGCGACCACUCUCUUUGCCUGUGUGGCUAGCCGGCGUGGUCUUGGCUUUCAUUUUCACCGGACUUUUGAUGGUUUUUGGCCACCUCAAACCCGUUAUUAUGCGAAAUCUGGCGGAGGGUGAGAUGACCUCAAAACGGGAUCUCUUUGAAAUGUCUGCACUCGGUGUGGCAUCAACCUUCUCGCUUACCAAACUGCAAGUCAUUCCUACCACUCUCUCUAGCCGCAUCUUUGCUCUCAUUAUGUGGAUGUUCUCCUACCUCCUGCUUGUAUUCUACGCCAGCGCUAUGAUGACUAUUCUGCUUAGGAUAAGAAAGCCUUCUAAUGCAGAUACUACCGUUGACGAGGUGCUGAAAGGCAAUUACUAUCGAACCGAAAUCGUCACAUCUCUGAAUAACAAUUCAAAAUCCUACUCCGCAGUCGACUCAAUUCAAGCAGCUUACGAUGCCCUAAUGAAGGAUGACAAAACCGUUCUUCUGGCAUCCUCAGUCGAGGCGUCCUACAUCAGCGUCAUGGUUAGUCAGUUCUUCCAUUAG